AUGCAUGUCAUUGGCUUCCUCACAUUGAUCGCUGUCCAGGCAGCCGUACUUGGCAGCAGCCUUCAUGAUGACACCAUUACUGAGUUUGCAGUGAAGAUUUACCAUGAACUAAGAGCGACAAAGGAAGAUGACAAUAUAUUCUUCUCUCCUCUGAGCAUGGCUCUAGCUGUUGGAAUGGUGGAGCUGGGUGCUCGUGGAUCCAGUCUUAAGGAGAUUCGACAUGCUCUGGGUUAUGACAAACUAAAGAAUGGUGAAGAAUUUUCUCUGCUAAAAGAUCUCUCUAGCAUGAUGACAGCCCAAGAAAGACAUUAUGUGCUCAGCAUUACAAACUCCCUAUAUUUACAGAAUGGAUUUCAUAUCAGUGACAAGUUCAUCCAGUUAAUGAAAAAAUACUUCAAAGCAGAAGUAGAAAAUGUAGACUUCAGUCAAGGUUCAGCUGUAGCAAUUCACAUCAAUGAGUGGGUGGAAAAUCACACUAAUAGUCGCAUACACAAUCUUUUCUCCUCUGAAGACUUCACUGACCUAACAAAGUUGGUUCUUGUCAAUGCCAUCUAUUUUAAGGGCAACUGGAAAUCCCAGUUUAGACCUGAAAACACCAGAACAUUUUCUUUCACUAAAGAUGAUGAAAGUGAAGUGCAGAUACCAAUGAUGUACCAGAAAGGAGAGUUUUAUUAUGGAGAGUUUACGGAUGGAUCAAAUGAGGCUGGUGGAGUUUACCAAGUGCUGGAGAUGCCGUAUGAAGGAGAUGAACUUAGUCUUAUGCUCCUGCUGUCCAGACAAGAGGUUCCUCUGGCAACACUUGAACCGUUAGUCAAAGCCUCUCUUAUUGAUGAAUGGGCUAAUUCUGUGAAAAAACAGAAAGUGGAAGUUUACCUGCCAAGGUUCAAAGUUGAGGAGACUGUCAAUCUGAAGGAUGUGCUGACAAGACUUGGCAUUAUAGAGAUAUUCGGAAGAAAAGCUGAUCUGUCUGCAAUAUCCGAACACAAGGACCUUUACGUGGACAAAGCUGUUCACAAGUCUUAUUUGGAGGUUAAUGAAGAGGGAUCUGAAGCUGCUGCAACCUCUGGAAUGAUUGCCAAUAGCAGAAUGGCAGUGCUGUACCCCCAGGUUAUUUUUGACCAUCCAUUCUUCUUCGUGAUUAGAAACCGCAAAACCGGCUGUGUGUUGUUUAUGGGAAGAGUCAUGCAUCCAGAGGCAUUGAAUUCUGGAGGCCACGAUUCUGAAGAGCUUUAG